AUGGAGGUUCCGGGGAAGAAAUUGCAAGCAGGACCAUCUACAGCAGACACAACCUACUGCCAGCCCUGUGAACAAGAUGAUGAAAUCCUCCCUGCGGAGGCAUACUGUACCGUCUGCAAGGAGUUCUUCUGCUCAAAAUGCGCAAGUCUCCAUAGAAAACAGAAGAUGUCUAGAUCUCAUGCCCUUCUUGACAAAUCCAAUAUGCUUACAUCUAUCAGUGUAAUUAUAGAAGAUGAAUAUAAAUGUACAGAGCUUCGUGACAUCCAUCACACAGAGAUCAUCAAAUACUUUUGCCCAACCCAUCACACCCUGAAUUGUGGACAUUGCGUAGUGCAUAAUCAUCGAACUUGUCAUGUUGAUGUCAUAUCAGAUGUAUCUAAGGCCUUCAAAGAUGGUCACGAAUAUGGAGAUAUCAUAAAAACCAUUGCUUGCUUAUUUGAAGAUAUUGAUUCAUGCGCGUCUGAUGUGGAGAAAAACGUUGAAGCUGUAGCAAAACUUUGUAAAAAUGAGAUUAACAAGCUGAGAAGAUAUCGAGAGGAAGUUAACAAGUAUUUUGAAGAAAGAGAACAAGCACUAUUAAAGCUUAUCGAAGAGACGAAAAACAUGGAUGAAGAAUUACUGGGGUCCCUGAAACCGAAAUAUGAUAACCUUAAGUCCAAGCUAGCAGAAAUAAAUGUUACACUUGAAGCCCAAGAAAAUAACGUGAUACAGUUGUUUAUAGAGACCAAAAAAGCUAAGAAGCCUUUAGAGGGUCUGCAGAAUGACCUUGCCGACAUUAAAAAGAACAAUGUAAUUCACCACUACGAGUUCAGAAAGGAUCCAGCCACAGAGCGUCUUAUUGCAUCUGCCACAGGGCUUGGUACUUUAGAACACAUUAUGACUGAACCACACAAGAUCGCAUCCGCAUCAGACAGUAAUCAUGUCAUAGUAGGACGUACAGUUCAGGGGGAUGGCCCAAGGGAAAACAUGGCGUCUUCCAAUCAUACAGUGAUGCAGGCCAUUCCGGACAUGACAAGACUACGCUUUACACUAGCUGUGGGCAUCCGAGUCAAAUCUGCAACUGCUUACACAACCUGUUACUUAGCAAGCAUGCUCCACCUGUCCGAGUCCAGAAUGCUGCUAGCGGACUUAUACAAUAACACAGUUAAGUUGGUGGACCUCCAGACCAGCAACAUUGUGUCCCAGAUCAGUGUACCGGGUGUUCCAUGGGGCAUUUGUCAUCUUCCCGGGGACAAGGUGGCUGUUACAAUGCUUACUAAAGGUAUUCAGUUCCUAAAGACUGAAGGACAACUCUCCCUUGGUGACCGUAUCAAAGUGGAUAUUGACUGCCGAGGUAUUGCUUUCCAUGAAGAUACGUUGAUAGUAUCCUUCAACCGAAAGGUAGCGGUGCUGGAUAUGAAUGGACACGCUAUAAAGGACCAAGAAGUAUCAUGUCAGUCGGGAAUCAACUGUUAAUCUGUGGUUAUGGUAGUAGCACCAUUAUGAGCCUUCACAUGUCCACCGGUCAGAUGACACAACUGAUGGGGAAGAAGGAGGGGAUAAAAAACCCGCUCUUUGCCCACUACUGUCCGCAACAGAGCAAACUUCUCGUUACGGAAUACUGCAACAAUUCAUUAAAAGUGUACACUACAAUCGAAUAAGCCAACCAAUUGGGUGAAAUGGUUAAAAACAUCAACUCAACGUUCAUUAAUUAUUCGUCGUUCAGUUGUUGCAUUCUAAUGAGAGUGUUAUGUGAACCACAUCAGGAAACGAUUGAAAUGAUGUAAUUUGUAUUGAAAACCGGGUGGUUAUAGUUCUUAGUGAAGAACACGUACUCGAUUUGAUGAUUUUGCUUUAGUUGCAUUCAAAAUGCGUUCAAAUCCAAAUAAUUUUUGAAAUGUGAUCGGAAAUAUAACAUA